CAGACCUCAGCCGAACGUUGGGCGAUUCAAAUCAGUUUUUUCAGUAGUGCGGCAACUGUGAACGGGUAGCAUCGCAAUAAAAACACUUGGCCACAAAUUAAUAAGCAAAAAUCUUAUUUAAACUAAUCAACAAGAUGUUGGUCCAUCGAAUGAAAUUGCUAACAGCCUCCGCUGGCAUUCUUCUGUUUGCAAUUAUAUUCGGCUGGGUACUAUUUCCACAGAUCUUAAAAUUUAUGAUAUCGAAGCAAGUCACGCUCAAGCCGGGCACUGAUAUACGUGAUCUUUGGUCGGCCACGCCUUUUCCGUUGCAUUUUUAUAUCUACAUAUUCAAUGUGACCAAUCCCGAAGAGGUCGCCGAGGGCGGCAAGCCGCGCGUACAAGAGAUCGGACCAUUUGUCUUCGACGAGUGGAAAGACAAAUAUGAUUUGGUCGAUGAUGUCGUUGAGGAUACGGUAUCUUACAAUAUGCGAAACACUUUCAUAUUUAACGAGAAGGCCUCAAGUCCGCUGACGGGCGAGGAAAUUAUCACCUUACCACAUCCAUUGUUACAGUCUAUUGGAAUAACCGUGCAACGUGAGCGUGCGGCUAUGAUGGAAAUGGUUGCCAAGGCGCUGGCGAUUGUCUUUCCGGACGCAAAGCCAUUUCUCACUGCCAAGUUCAUGGAUCUAUUUUUCCGUGGCAUCGAUGUGGACUGUUCCUCGGAUGAAUUCGCUGCCAAGGCGCUUUGCACGGUCUUCUACACGGGCGAGGUGAAGCAGGCCAAACAGGUCAACCAGACACAUUUUCUGUUCUCGUUUCUGGGCCAGGCCAAUCACUCGGACGCUGGCCGCUUUACAGUCUGUCGCGGCGUCAAGAACAACAAAAAACUUGGCAAGGUCGUUAAAUUUGCCGAUGAACCAGAGAUGGACAUGUGGCCGGGAGAUGAGUGUAACCGUUUUGUGGGCACAGAUUCCACGGUCUUUGCGCCGGGCAUGAAACAGGAAGCGGGCUUGUGGGCCUUUACGCCAGACAUUUGCCGCUCAUUGGGUGCUAUCUACCAGCGGAAGACUACAUAUCAUGGCAUGCCUGCACUUAGAUAUACCCUAGAUCUGGGCGAUGUGCGUCUGGAUGAGAAGCUGCACUGUUUCUGCGAUGAUCCCGAGAAUUUGGAGACCUGUCCGCCCAAGGGCACCAUGAAUCUAGCACCUUGUGUGGGCGGUCCUUUGAUAGCCUCCAUGCCGCAUUUUCUUAAUGGAGAUCCCAAGCUGAUACAGGAUGUGGAUGGUCUGCAUCCAAAUGAGAAGGAGCACGCCGUUUUUAUAGAUUUUGAACUGAUGUCAGGCACACCCUUUCAGGCGGCUAAGCGGUUACAAUUUAAUCUGGAUGUGGAGCCUGUGCAGGGCAUUGAGCCCUUGCGGCAUCUCCGGAAGCUCAUAAUGCCCAUGUUCUGGGUGGAGGAGGGCGUGCAACUGAACAAAACCUACACCAAUAUGGUCAAAUACACGUUGUUUCUUGGUCUGAAGUUUAAUUCCGGCCUGCGCUGGACCCUAAUCACUCUGUCGCUAGUCGGUUUCAUGUCUGCCGGUUAUUUGUUUUAUCAGAAAUCAGAUAGUCUGGAUAUAACCGUGCCACCCAAUAUAAUCAGGGAAUCAAAUAAGGUAGCUAAUGCGCCAAAACCCGAUAGACAACAGCAGCCCAAAGCACACUUGGUGCCCCUACCCGGCGUAAAUCUGUCCAAUCCGAAAGUGGAGCACAGGGACCGCUACUAACCGACUUGCGUCAUCAUUCUAGUUGUUGUUGUUGUUGUAUUUUGUAGUUGAAAGCACCUGUAGUCCAAUAAGCACGCGCUAAUAAAUAAGGCAAAGCCCAAUCAGCUGUUCAGCCGAGUCGCCAAACUAGUUUAGGCCUAGCUCGCUGCACUUGACAAGCGUCUUCAAUGAUUGCCAACGAUCGCUGCUCACUAGGCAAAGCCCAGACAAGAGAUGAAUGACAACAGUUUUGCGCACUCAUGACACCAAUAAUGUGCAACGAUCGAUCGCUGAUCGUAUGCUCAGUAACCGAACUAAUAAGAUCCAUUCGUAAAAUUGAUACUCAUUAGAAGAGAACGCUUGGUAUGGGCCAUGAUCGGUUAGCAUAUUGAUAAUUUGUGAACUUGAAGAUCGCGCGUUCUUAAAGAAGCAAUUUUCAUUAAACGAGCACCUGAUGCGAAA